CGCAAAAGUCUACUCAUACGAAGAACAUGGAAGCUUUAAAACUGUCAUCUUUACAAAUUUUUUUUCCUCAAUCUCUCCCUGUCUCUCUCUCUAAACUUCUGAGUUUCUCUCUCUAAAUUCUCCUCAAAAGCAGCCAAGGACUCGGUCCAAACUUCCCUCCCCAUUCUCUUCUCCCUUCUUUCUCUCUCCUCUCUGUCUCCCUCUCUCUCUCUCUCUCUCUCUCUACGGUUGAAGGAACGAAUUCUCUCACCAAGAUUACUUUUUGAAGCUGUAAUCCUUCUCUUUGAUGGUCUUUUGAGAAUUAAGUACAUGUGGCUGCCCGUAAUUAUUUACUGAAUUGGAGGCAGCCUUUUGGUGUUCUGGUGGUUGAGACGAGAAAUUGCCACUCUCAUGCUACCUAAUAGGAACAGAACUCAGCCGAGAGCUGGUCGAUCUUGGCCUUUUUCAGGAAUGGACUACUCGGAUACAAGGAGGAAACCUCAUGUUCUUGCAAAAAUUCUCAUGGCUGCUAUUCUCACAGCAGUUUGCAUAGUUAUUCUAAAGCAAUCGCCUGGUUUUAGUGGCAAGAGCGUGUUUUCUCGUCGGGAGCCAGGGGUAACACAUGUAUUAGUCACUGGAGGUGCUGGCUAUAUAGGCUCACAUGCUUCUCUUCGUCUCCUUAAGGACUCAUACCGAGUAACUAUAGUGGAUAAUCUUUCUAGAGGAAACAUUGGGGCUGUUAAGAUUCUCCAAGAGUUAUUUCCAGAACAAGGGAGACUUCAGUUCAUUUAUGCUGAUUUAGGGGAUGCAAAGGCUGUUAACCGAAUAUUUAAAGAGAAUGCAUUUGAUGCUGUUAUGCACUUUGCAGCUGUUGCUUAUGUUGGUGAGAGUACUCUUGAACCUCUCAGGUACUAUCACAACAUCACCUCAAACACUUUGGUAGUUCUGGAGGCUAUGGCAGCUCAUGGUGUUAAAACUCUCAUAUACUCAAGUACAUGUGCCACUUAUGGAGAACCCGAGAAAAUGCCCAUCACAGAACAAACACCUCAGUUUCCUAUUAACCCAUAUGGGAAGGCAAAGAAAAUGUCUGAGGAUAUCAUCUUGGAUUACUCAAAGAACACCGACAUGGCUGUCAUGAUUCUAAGAUACUUCAAUGUUAUUGGAUCUGACCCAGAAGGAAGAUUAGGUGAAGCUCCUAGACCAGAACUCCGAGAACAUGGACGCAUAUCUGGUGCUUGCUUUGACGCAGCAUUAGGAGUCAUGUCAGGCCUUAAGGUUAAAGGAACAGACUACCCUACUGCUGAUGGGACUUGCGUAAGAGACUAUAUUGAUGUCACCGACUUGGUUGAUGCCCAUGUUAAAGCCCUUAACCAGGCACAACCUAAUAAAAUUGGAAUUUAUAACGUCGGUACGGGAAAAGGUAGAUCGGUGAAAGAAUUUGUGGAGGCAUGCAAGAAGGCUACUGGCGUCAACAUCAAGGUAGAUUAUUUGAGUCGUCGACCAGGUGACUACGCUGAAGUUUACAGCGAUCCUUCCAAGAUCAACCGUGAGUUGAACUGGACUGCUCAGUUCACGGACCUCCAGCAGAGCCUUAGUGUCGCAUGGAGAUGGCAGAAAGCCCAUCCCAAUGGAUACGGACUGCGUUCAUCGUGACUCGCUCGCUGAAUCACCUCAUGUUUGUUCAUAAUUGGGAUGAAGAGAGCUGGGGCUGGUCAUAAAUUGGCUUUGUAUAUGAGGCUUAAUUUUAUAUAUUGGCAUUUUAUUAGAGGGAUAGGAGUACACUUUAUUGGGUAUAUGGGCUCAAUAUCAAAUGAUUGAUGAAGUUGAUUGUUAUACAAAAUCCAAUUUGAUAAACCUCACUUGUAUCACGCUUAUUAUUUAAAAUUUCCCCCCCUUCAUGUUUAA